CCAAUUCCCUCACCCAACCCAAACCCAAAUACCAAACCAUGGCGGCGAAAUUCUCCACGGUGGACAGAUGCGACUCCACGGGGCGGGAGAAGCACACGGUGGUGGCCGACAUGGACGGGACCCUCCUCAUCGGCCGGAGCUCCUUCCCCUACUUCGCCCUCGUGGCCUUCGAGGCCGGCGGCGUCCUCCGCCUCCUCCUCCUCCUCCUCGCCUCCCCGCUCGCCGCCAUCCUCUACUACCUCGUCUCCGAGCGGGCCGGCAUCCAGGUCCUCAUCUUCUCCGCCUUCGCCGGGAUGAGGGUCGCCGACAUCGAGUCCGUCGCACGCGCCGUCCUCCCCAAGUUCUACACCUCCGACCUCCACCCGGAGUCUUGGCGGGUCUUCGGCGCGUGCGGAAGGCGCGUCGUCCUCACCGCCAACCCGCGGAUCAUGGUCGAGGCCACGCUCCGGGACUUCCUGGGGGCCGACCUCGUCUUGGGGACCGAGAUCGCCACGUUUCGGGGCCGGGCCACCGGGUUCGUGAAGGGCAAGGAAGGGGUGCUGGUCGGGGAGAGCAAGGCGCACGCGCUCAGGGAGGCGCUUGGGGAGGACUGCCAGCCGGAGGUUGGGCUCGGCGACCGGCAUACCGACGAGCCGUUUAUGGCGCUUUGCAAGGAAGGGUUCAUGGUCCCACCAAACCCGGAAGUCCGACCCGUCUCUGCCGACAAGCUCCCGAAACCGAUCGUCUUCCACGACGGCCGCCUGGUCCCGAAGCCGACCCCACUGAUCGCCCUGCUCACCAUCCUCUGGAUCCCGAUUGGCUUCCUCCUCGCAUGCCUCCGCAUCGCCGCCGGCUCCCUCCUUCCGAUGCCCCUAGUCUACUACGCAUUCACCGCCCUCGGCGUCCGCGUCAUCGUCCGCGGCCAGCCCCCACCACCACCACAAAAAUCCUCCGGCAAGUCGGGGGUUCUCUUCGUCUGCUCCCACCGCACCCUCCUCGACCCGAUCUUCCUCUCCACCGCCCUCGGCCGCCCCAUCCCGGCUGUCGUGUACUCCGUCUCCCGCCUCUCCGAGUUCAUCUCCCCUAUCAAGACCGUUCGCCUCAACCGCGACCGUGUCGCCGACGCCGCCAUGAUUAGGAAGCUCCUCGAGGAAGGAGACCUAGUGAUUUGCCCCGAGGGGACCACGUGUCGGGAACCGUUCCUGCUGCGAUUCUCCGCGCUUUUCGCGGAGCUGACGGACCACAUCGUCCCCGUGGCCAUGGUCAACCGGAUGAGCAUGUUCCACGGGACCACGGCCCGGGGUUGGAAAGGGAUGGACCCUUUCUACUUCUUCAUGAACCCGAGCCCGGCCUACGAGGUGACGUUUCUGAGCAAGCUACCGCUGGAGCUUACGUGCGGGUCGGGCGGGAAAUCGAGUCAUGAGGUGGCGAAUUACAUACAGAGGGUGAUCGCCGCCACACUGUCGUAUGAGUGUACGAGCUUCACGAGGAAGGAUAAGUACAGAGCGCUAGCCGGGAACGACGGGGUCGUGGCGGAGAAGGCAAAGACUCAGCUCCAGGCUAGAGUCAUGGGUUGCUAGCCAAUUCAUUUUAAAAUACUUUUUUUUGUAAUAAUGAUAAUUGUUAAAAGAAAUAAUUGGUAGCCGGAGCGGAUGGGUCGAAAAAGGGCGUCAAAUGUGAUAUCGCCCGUGAAAACUGGUUACUUGCUGGACUCUUUCCUUUUUCAGUGAAAACUGAGUAACUUUAUUUUUCUUUUCUAUAAAUAUAGUUUCGGUGUUUAAACCAAAAUAAAUUUUAUUAAUUACCACAUGGAUUAUUGUGCAUGAUUGGGCUACUUUGAGGAGUUGGCCCAUAUAUAUGGGAGGAUCCAAAUUAUUUGGUUGGGUGAUAUGUGUGACAGGUAGUAGCUGAUUGUAAGGUAGUCAUCCCACAUGGUUUUUGUUACCAUCCAACCCAAUAAUGAAUCGUACCAUCCCAACUCUAUGGUGAAUGGUACCAUCCCAAGUAGCAUGAGUCCUAUCCAACCCCUUAAUGAAUGGUGACCAUCUGACAUCAUGGAUAUCAUCCUAAAUUUUAGUGGAUGGAAUCAUCGCAUAUCAUGGAUACCAUCUGGAUGGUACCAUUUAGGUUGAAGUACGGUGACUAUCCAUUCUUAUGGUUACCCUCCAACAUGGUUGUCACGCCGGCAGGCGUGCCACCGGUUGUACCGGGUUUAACCGGUACCGGUUAUAAAAUCGGCGUGACACCACCGGUAUGACCGGCAUGAUCGAUAUACGAAUCUCUAAGUGAAAUGACCUUUUUUAGUGAAUUUAAUUGAUAAAAAUUAUUUUAUUAUUUAUUUUAUGAGUAUAAAAGUUCAAUAUUGAUGUUAUUUGUUGGAUUCAAGUAUAAAUGUUUAGGUAUUGAUGUUAAAUGUAAUGUUUAAAUAUGAGCAUUUAUAAUUUUAUUUGUAAUAUUGAUCGGCAUAAACCGGCACAAACCGGUAUGUGCCAACGGUUGAACCAUUCCACUUGCUAAACCGGCACACUGACAUAAACCGGUUUGACAACCUUGCCCUCCGAUCUAACAUGAGGUUAUGGUGGAUGGUUGCUAGCACUUCGUCACAUGUUCAAAGACUUACAUUGGCGACAACUGACUAGUUUAGAUACUAUAGAGCUACUUUUCGAGAGGAGACAUAGAAUAGUUGGACGAAUAUGAGCAACAAAACUUGAAGCAACCUUCUGGAGGAAACGAGACAACACAUAGACAAUUUGUCUCAGUUGUCCUUUUUUCCUUUACUAUGUAGGAUAUGGAGUUCUCCUCCACGAAGAAUCCUCCAUAGUCGUAGUCUUAGUUGUAGUGGCGGAGCUCUCAAGGAAUCUCCAUAGGAGUAGUGUAAUGUAACUUAGAUAUCUUAUGCAACAAAACCCCUCGUUCAAAUAGUGUUUAAAGAUGUAUGGACCAUAGUAACAAUCGUCACUUUCAUAGAAGUCAGGCGCAACCGAUCCACUUAUUUUCCACCUUAACAAUUUGGAACGCACGAUGGGACACGUGUGUUUGGUAUGGUUUUGCGAAGGAGGCAACAAAAAUAUUAUUUUCCAAUUGAAAAUAAGAUGGAUGCAGCCAAGUUUUGCCGCCAAUAAUAAUUAAUUAAUUUUCUAUUAUUUUGAAUGGUGAUCUUGAUGGUGCCAUAGGGAAACACUUGGGUACCGUGAAUGGUCCGGACCAUUUGGAGCGCAGCUUACCCGGAAAAGGAUUCAAGCGAGAGUUGUAUAGGAGAACUCGUUCGCCCACCUAAAACUCUUUGGGCCCUUUUAGACGAGCGUCGUGGAGACGCUUGGUCCUUUUCUUAUACAGUCAGGUGUUCUCAUAGGCGUGAUAACGCCAUUCUUCCAACUCCACCAGCUGCAUUUUCCUUUCGGUACUUGCAAGACUCAGAUCAAGGUUUAGCAAAUUAAGGUGUCCUAUACAC